CGGAUUAUUUUUAGAAGCCUCAGUUCUUUCAUUCGCUAGUCGAUACUUCUCGUUCGUUGGAACUAUCGCACCCGAUUGACAUCGUCCAUCUUUCAAAUACUGGACGUUGCUGUCAUCUAAACCACAACAAUCCUUUUUCGUCUAGAAUUGGUCUCAAGAAACCAGUCUACUACAUGACAUAUCCCCAGCCACUCGUUCAUUUUUACUGGGAAAAAAAAGUCAUGAACCAGUGUUCCUUCCGACCAGCACUGCACUGAAAAUUGCAAACAACCACCAUCUUUCGUGACACCUCUCCUGACGACAUCUCGCCAAAACAAACAGCAACAAAGCUGAUAUCACCCCGCACUGUCAAUGAAAUACUGAAAUAUUUCCUCCCACACAUAACCUACUGUUCUUCUUCUUUUUUUUUAUAUCAACCUCGUCGCGGAGCUUCGUCUCAUUCGCUUACACUCUGGAUCGCCGACACAGCACCACUGUAACUUUCUUGUCCAGCCACUCUUUUCUGUGCAGCAACUUUCUACUUAGUUACUCAAAUUGACUUAUCUUCAACAUCAUGGACGAGCAGUCUUCUUCCUCCAAACCCCAACCAAAGGGGAUUGCUGGCUCAGAUGGCUCAGCUAUGCCCUACAUCCUGGAGCAUUACAUGCUGAAUCCCACCUCUUACGAGAUCCCUCUUCGCAGUCUCUAUGCUCUUAACUGUCAGACUCUUCCUCUGUCACCUGGUGCGAACUUUAGAGAGUCCAACUUUGCGAACCCUCCCAUGCAGAACUCGACUCAGCCGCUUGCCGAUGCUGCGUCUCAGUUCAAGGCCCAGCUAAUCUCACACAUCUCCAAGGGUCCACACCAAUACAAUCUCCCUGUGGGAUUCACGAUCUCCUUUGUGCGCCGCGUCUUUGCAGAGACCUUGGAGCAUGUCGACUUUCCCCAAGCGCUAACAGCUUUGGACUAUCUUAACAAUCUCGAGUCUCGUCGCAAGAAGGAGAUUCUCGCCGCCUUUGAGAGCUUGGGCGUGGAAUUGAGCACUUCUCCAUCUUUGACUAUUCGAGCUUCUGAAGUUUACAAACAGGAUCUCAAGCAGACAUACCCUGGGGUGGUACGCUGGAUCGAGUCCAUUGAAGCAAAAGAACGUGACGCCGUUGCUAUCUACAGGAAAUUGCGUUUAAGCCUGCGUCGCUGGACUCUAAUCAAUGAGCUGUGGCUGGAACCAUUCGACAAGAUUGCCUGCAUGUCAAUGCUAAACACUCUAUUCAACUUCCAAGCACAAGACUCAAAAGCUCCUAAGCCAGAGUUCGACUACGAUGACAAAGUCGAGACUGCACGUCAACGCCAGUUGUUCUUCGAGAAUAUCAGAACUCUCGAAAAACAUGGCAAAGUCGCUCUCGAAAACCUAUUAAAGUCGGGAGCUCGUCCCGGAGAUGAAACCGCAUGGCCCCUAGUACACGGAUUUUUGAAAAAGUUCCUCAAUCUUGCGGAUGACACGAUUCAUGAAUGUACUCGAGUCAAAGAUCGCGACUAUCUUGAGGCUGAACUACGCAGCAAGACCCACAGGCGCAAUGCCGACUCUGGAGUCAGCUUCACCUCCUCGAUGAACGAGUCCUUCUCUUCUGCAAACAGCCGUGCGGUAACGCCAUCUGAGAAGUCUCGCUCUCCAACCCCAGACAGCAGGCCCGGUAAAUCCACUCUGGAGAGGAUCAGCAACCAACUUCGCAAGAUCCGUUCUCGUCCAGAUAUCAAGGAGACAACAAAGAUCAAGCCGGCAUUGUCCAAGAAGAAAUCCUUGAGCGCCCUGGUCAGUAGGCGAUCGGCUAGCAGUUCUAGCAACGAGACAAAUUUCGACGUGGAUGAGAUGAGGCGCCAGAAAAUGAUCUGGGAAGCCAAACAGAGAAAGAAAGUGCAAGCUGAAGUUCAGGCUACUGAGGACGGAAGAGGAACGCCACAGUUAGGCUACGCGGUGUGAAAUCUUGAUUGAUACAGGCGACAUAUCCCUUAUGGUUGCCAUUCCACGGCACCAAAUUACGAAUGACUGAAUGAUUUGAAACGAUUAACGAAAAAAAAAGCAAUCCUACAAGAAAGCGAAAGGAGAGAAGAGAAUUACCCUGAAGAGUUGGAGAAGAUACGGGUUUCGGAGACCCGAAACAAAACUACUUGCACGAUUUGAUCGUCUUUUUGCAUUGCGUAUAAGCAUUGGGCGGACCUGGUGAUUUGGAGUUAAAUUCGGUGCGGAGUUUUAUUUGAUCUUGUCUUUCUAGGAGAGAGACAACCUUCACACGAUUGUAUUUUUGAUCUCUUUGUAUCCUCUUGGUUUUGAUGGCGGAGUUCCUUGGUGUGGCAUGUUUCAGAAGGUGAAGGAGAGAAGGUGGGAGUUUUGUACUGGAGAAGAUGAAGGAGCUGUAUUCUAGGACUUGAGCGAAUGAAAUUAAUGGAAAUU